AUUUCUGAAGUAGAGACGGCUAGCACAGAUAACCAUCGAGUAUCUGCGCAAAAUUCGGUAAAGAAACAAACCUGGCCACCUAGUGGAUCAGCGGUUAGUUUACAGACUUACAACUUGGUGGAAAUUGUCUCAUCUCUGACUAAAAGCUUCUGAAAGAAGAAAUAUAUAAUGGCUGAUAUUCAAAUUCAGAGUCCAAAUGUAUCCUACACUGACGAUCUGAUCGAAGCCAAUUAUAUGUAUCAAACGACAAAUGUAAGGAAUGAGAACGGUGUUUAUAAGGUUUAUCCUCAUACAACAAAUUUCACCUUUCGUACCAAGAGACGAAUGCCGAAGUUAGGUGUGAUGUUAGUGGGGUGGGGAGGUAAUAACGGAACCACUGUCACAGCUUCUACUAUAGCCAACAAGUUGGGUAUUACUUGGAUGACAAAGGAUGGUCUUAAGAAAUCCAACUACUUUGGGUCACUGACCCAAGCUUCUACCGUCUACCUUGGGUCAUCUCUGGAAGGAGACAUCUAUAUUCCAAUGAAGGAUUUGUUACCAAUGGUCCACCCGAACGACAUUGUGUUUGAUGGCUGGGAUAUAUCUGCUCUCAACAUGGCUGAUGCCAUGGAGCGUGCUUGUGUGUUGGACUAUGAUUUACAGAGGCAGCUGAGGCCUUACAUGGAGAACCUUCGACCCCGACCUUCCAUUUACGACAAAGACUUUAUCGCAUCCAACCAGGAGUCCAGGGCUAACAAUGUUAUCUGUGGAAGUAAGAAGGAGCAAGUUGAACAAAUCAGGAAAGACAUCCGGGAUUUCAAGAACAAAGAAGGAGUGGAUGAGGUUAUUGUACUGUGGACUGCCAACACUGAAAGGUUCUGCGAUAUCGUUCCUGGGUUAAAUGAGAGUGGUGAUAGUCUUUUGAAAUCUAUCAAGAAGAAUAACUCUGAGAUCUCGCCAUCUACUUUGUUUGCUGUGGCCAGUAUCUUAGAAGGAUGCUCAUACCUGAACGGAUCGCCUCAGAACACUUUUGUUCCUGGUUGUAUUGACCUGGCAGAAAAACACGGAGUUUUCAUUGGAGGAGAUGACUUCAAAUCUGGACAGACUAAGCUCAAGUCUGUGUUGGUGGACUUUUUGGUGAAUGCCGGGAUCAAGCCAGCUUCUAUCGUUAGCUACAAUCAUCUUGGAAACAAUGACGGAAAAAAUCUCUCUGCUCCAAAGCAGUUCCGAUCCAAGGAAAUCUCCAAGAGUAGCGUUGUGGAUGACAUUGUCGCAACCAAUAGGGUUCUCUAUGAACCUGGCGAUAAACCUGACCAUUGUGUUGUGAUAAAGUAUGUGCCAUAUGUCGGUGAUAGUAAACGUGCCAUGGACGAAUAUACAUCAGAGAUCAUGAUGGGAGGUCACAACACCAUCGUAGUUCACAAUACUUGUGAAGACUCCUUGCUGGCUAGUCCAAUCAUUCUUGACCUGGUUAUCUUGACAGAGUUGUGCCAGAGAAUCACCUUCCGUGUGGGAAACUCCCCCCAUUUCCAGUCUUUCAACAAUGUUUUAUCCAUCUUAAGUUACCUUUGCAAGGCACCUCUGGUUCCUCGAGACGCCCCCAUUGUAAACGCCCUGUUUAAACAGCGGUCAUGUAUUGAAAACAUCCUACGAGCUUGUUUAGGUUUAGCUCCCCAGAACCACAUGGGCUUAGAAAACAAACUGAGUGAUCCUGUUGAUUGGAAGAGUUCCCAGAAUGAACCAUUAUACGAUAAGCUAAAGACUUUAGGAAGAAAUAAUGGCUUUAGCACAAUUAAGGAAUUAAAUUAUUUGAAUUAACAGCGUUAAAUGUAUUUAUGAAAAUUCGUUUUUUUUCCCUAAUAUUUUGCGUAACUACGUGUGGAAUUUGUUUCUAAAUAAUUUAGAGAAGCUUUGUAAAUAUUGAUAAGUAUUAGACUAAUAUGCCAUCUGGUACUAGCUAUCGUGUUGGAAAUGUAUAACAAUACACAGGUUGUGUAUUUAUUAUUUAUUUGUUGUUUUUCAAGUAAGAAAAAUGAAAUGUGAUUCUAACUAACUAGAUUGCACCUUUAGUUAUUUAAUGCACGUCUUGUUACACAUAUUGGUUUGUUUGUUUUUAAAGCAAAGCCAAAUUGGGCUAUCUGCUGUGUCCAUCAUGGGGAAGCGAACCACAACAUUUAGAGUUGUAAGUUCGUAAACUUACCACUCUUCCACCGGUGGACACAUAGAGUGGUAAAUUACGUUUUUGUUGUCUCUGCACCAUUCAUACAAAGAUGUUUUUCGUAAAUUUCAUCGGAAUUAUUUUUUCUUUGGACAAAAAAUUCUGAAAAUUUGUUCUCUGCUUUUGUCAUGAAAAAUACACUUUUUUUCUGAACAGUAAAUUAUAUAAUCCUUUAUUUCACUCAUUUCGACAAUUUUUGCACUGCAUUUCUUGUUCGGUACUUGAUUACCUGUUGUUACAUAAAGGUGCAUAACUAAAUAUAGUAAAACUUACUAAUGCUGAAUGUUAUGAAUGGUUUUCAAAAUAUAGAUAAUGUAAAAAUAAGUAGAUUUAAUAAAUAAAAUAUCUUGUCUCGUUA